CAGCAGUCCUGCUCAUCUCGCUCCACAACUUAAGUUAAAUCAGAGGUUUCAGAGGUAGUCACCGGAUCACUGCAGUGGGCUCUCUUAUCUCUCCGUCUGUCCUCAUCUGAGAGCAUCAUCCGCCUCCUGGUUCCACGCGGCAGGACUCGCUGAGGCCCUCGCCCAAGGCCCAUAUCAGUCGCCACAGACGCGCUCCGCUUACUGGGUCCCCCUCCCUUCCCCAGCUUAAAAGUCUCAGGAUUAGGCACUAAAAAGGGGUAGGGGGAAAUGUCGAACCUAACAGCGGGAGCGACAGAAGGGAUAAACCUGACAUGUGGCAUGUCUGGAAGCCACGAGUUCAUCUUCACCCUGGUACCCAUCGUGUACGGCUGCAACUUUGUCAUUGGCAUCGUCGGGAACAGCAUGGUGGUGGCGGUCAUCUACUGCUACAUGAAGCUCAAAACAGUGGCCAAUGUUUUUGUCUUCAACCUCGCCGUGUCUGACCUCACCUUCCUCAUCACCCUACCCAUGUGGGCGACCUUCACCGCCACAGGGUAUCGCUGGCCCUUUGGAGGGUUCCUGUGCAAGACCAGUGCAGGACUGGCCACCUUCAACCUUUAUACCAGCAUAUUUUUCCUCACAGCUCUCAGCAUUGACCGUUAUCUGGCCAUUGUGCACCCUGUGCACUCACGGAGGUUUCGUACAGUUGUGUACGCUCGGAUCACUUGUGUGAUGAUUUGGCUGUUUGCUUUUGGGCUCAGUCUUCCUUCAGCCCUGACAAGGGAUGUGAUAAACAUCAAAGACUCUAAGACCACCGUGUGUGCCAUCCUGCACCCGUCAGCAGAAAAUGCAGAGAUGUUGAAAAAGCUCCUUCUGGCAAUCAGCUUCUUGAAGAGCCUGCUGGGCUUCCUGGUGCCCUUUGCCAUAAUCAUCACCUGCUAUUGCCUCAUUGGGCGGACGCUACUGCGGGCGAAACACAUCCAGAAAACUUCGCAUUCCCGGGAAGACGAGGUGCUGCGCAUGCUCGCGGCGGCAGUGCUGGCCUUCUUCCUGUGCUGGGUGCCCCAUCAGGUGUUCCACUUCCUGCAGCUGCUCACCCAGCUAAACCCGGGAAAGCACUGCGCCAUCUUGGAGAUCAUCGACACCGCCAUGCCCUUCACCAUUUGCAUUGCCUACUUUAACAGCUGCGUCAACCCCAUGGUGUACGGCUUUGUGGGACGCAACUUUCGCAAAAACUUACUGCGCCUACUGCGCUGUUCCCCGAGGGGAGGAGCAAGGCCUCACCCGAGCAUCAGCUCUAAGAUGAGCGCGCUCUCUUUUCGGGCCUCUGAAGUACUCAACCUCACGGUGAAAAACAGUUCCACAUAUGAUGUUAAAUGACCAAAACGUGGUCAGAAGGCUUGACAUGGGGAUUAUUCGUGUAUUUAAGACCUCAACAAGCACCGAAACAUUCAGACUGACUAAUCCAUGGGCCACGCCAGAAUGUCAGAAUCACUUCAUUAGGAAAAAAAACGCCUUAUCUGCUGGAAAAGACUACAAAUCAUUAAAAAUGUGUUAUUCCAUCACAUAUAAAAUGUUCUGCUGGAUUUUGUCCCCAUAUUAAAUGAAUCUAUUGUUCAGUUUUGUGCCUUUUGUUGGUCUUCCAUUGGUUGGAAUGGUGACCAAGUGCAGUAAUCCACCUAUGUUUUAUUCUGUCAUUAGCUGUACAGGGAAAAAAUAAAAAAAAUGUAGCUAAUUAUCAUGUAAAUAUACCAAAAUAAAUAACGCCUGUAUGAAAAUGUUGUGAAAAUGUUUAUAAAUGUAGUGAAAUGUCUAUACGUCACACCAACUGGUGAUAUUUGAUGUUUUUGUGGUAUUUAAACAUGUUUUUUUACUGUCUAAGUGUUGUGAAUAUAUAAAAAAUGUAAUAAAACUUCAAGCAUCA